UGAGUUUAGGGCUUUAAAUUCUUGAACUCAGUCAUGAACCACGCACGUACUAGGGCUUUAACAAAGGUUUUACAUCGCCCUUCGAUUUAAUUCAUUUCCACCGUCUCUGGAAAUGCAAAAGACUCUUAUUUCUCCACCAUGAACAAAUGACAGAACUCAAAUUCCCAAUUUCCUGUUCUCGCUCCAGAUACCAAAACACAAAACUUAUUUCUUCAAGCCAUGACCUUAAAACCCCUUACUUCAAAAACCCUUCUCUUUCUCUCUCCUUCCUCUUCUUCACCAUUUCCCUUUUGCUCAGUCAUUGUUUCUCACUUCUGCACUUCUUCAUCCGCUCCUACUCACUCCCCUCGCCCGUGGCGCCAGCGUCACACAGAGGAGUCCAGAAAUGUGAAGGUCUCUGUUUGGUGGGAUUUUGAGAACUGUAAUUUGCCUACUGGUGUUAAUGUGUUUAAAGUUGCUCACGCUAUCACUGCAGCACUUAGGGCCAAUGGAAUUAAAGGCCCUGUUCAAAUUACUGCUUUUGGCGAUGUUUUCCAGCUCUCUAGGGCUAAUCAGGAGGCCCUUUCUUCAACUGGAAUCAACCUUGCUCAUGUUCCACAUGGAGGAAAAAACAGUGCGGAUAGGUCUCUUCUUGUAGACCUUAUGUACUGGGUUUCCCAAAAUCCACCACCUGCCCAUCUUUUUUUAAUUUCUGGCGACAGGGACUUUGCUAGUAUUUUACACCGACUAAGGAUGAUCAAUUACAAUGUAUUGCUUGCAAGUAAUGAUACUGCUCCUAGUGUACUAUGCAGUGCAGCAAGCAUCAUGUGGCGUUGGAAUACUUUGGUCAGAGGGGAAAACCUAAUUGGGAAGGUUUUUAACCAACCCCCUGAUGGCCCUUAUGGUUCAUGGUAUGGCCAUUAUAAGGUGCCUCUUGAAAACCCGUUCGAAGUUGAGCAAACAACAUUCCCGCAAGGUGAGGAGUUAACUGAAGCUAGCUUAGAGACAAAGUUUCGUCCAAUUCCUAGAACCGUUAUGAAGCGGAUACGUGAUGUAUUGAGUUUGUACCCUAAAGGAAUCUCCAUUCAUGAACUUCGUUCUGAGUUAGGAAAAAGUGAUAUAGGAAUUGAUAAAGAUUUAUAUGGAUAUAAAAAGUUCUUUCGUUUUCUCUUAUCCAUGCCAAAUAUAUUGAAGCUUCAUACUGCCAGUGAUGGCCAGCUUAUUGCACGUGGUAUCAUUACAAAACCUGAACCAUUUGACCCCAAUCCAUGCAUGUCCACAGGUCCUAUAAUUGGUGAUGGAAACCAAUGCCUUACUAAAUCUAUAAAACCAAAGGGUGAGAACUUACCUGUUUCUGCAUCAGGGGAUCCAAAAUUGUUAGUUCCUACCUCCCCUGAACUUAGUACAGAAGGGUCUGCAAGAAAACACCAAAAAUCCCCUCCUAUUGAGAAGGCUGUCAAAAUGGAUAUUGGGCAGCCUCCAAAAGAAAUGGGAGAGUCUCAUUCAGUUGGUGAAGAGAAUGUGGAAGUGAUUAACACACAGGUACUUAGGGAAAAUUUGCCUCCUGUUAAAGGACAGGAUACUAAAUCUGAUGUAGGUUUUUUUAAGACAUUCUGGAGAAGAUGGUUUGGCAGUAUUGAUGACAGUUCUGUGAUAAAUGGCUAUGACAUUUCACAUCCAAUUCAUACUUCUCAAAAUAACUCUGAGAAGAAAAGUGAGAACACUCUUGAAACAUGUGGUGCUUCAAUUGAUACCUCUGAAAAGAAAGAAGCCGAGAAAUUUGCUGAGUCACCAAACCAAGGAAAUUGUCCAAAAAUUUCUAUAUCAUGUUCUUUAUCCAAUAAUGAAUCGACUCUGGGGACAGAAACUACAAUGAGUUCUGAACCACAUAGUGAAAAAUCUGAGAAGAGUCCUGGUUCUAUCAACCAUACUAAGGAAUUAUUGUGGGAAAAUGGUGUAAACUCUAAUUCGUUGGCUGAUCAGCCUAGUGGAGAACUCAACAAACUCAAGGACAUAAACAGUCAUUCUGGAAUCCAUAAAAUGUUUUGUGAUGAUUCUUUUUGGAGAGACAUGCAAUCCUUUUUUAAUUCACAGAGGGGAUCACUUGUUGUAUCACAAUCAAGGACCAGAGAACAGAUGGCUAAGAACCUGCAAAAGGAUGGACCUUUGGCACUUAGAUCUCUUAACGAAAGCAAUAUUCUUCAGUUGGUUGAUAUGUUGAUUUCUGAGAAGAAAUGGGUGGAAGAGCAUCUCUCUGAAGCUUCACCUUUCAGGAUCACAGAGUCUGUUGGAAAGGAUACUUCCUUGGGCGUUUGUUGCUCUUCAAAUGGAUUGAGAUCUAUUUCUCUGAGCACACAGUUAGAAUCCAGCUCGAAGAGACAAACAGAAUGUGAUGGAGAUGGAAGAAUAGGGAAAACUUCAAAUGUUUCUCAUGCUGGAGUUUCUCAACGAGGUAGCUGUAAAAAACCCUCAGAGAGGUCUAGGAAAAAGAUAUUAGUCGACUGUCAAAAGCUUGUGAAGGAAAUAUUGAAGGAGUUUCCAGAAGGAUAUAAUAUUAGCUCCUUUAGAAAGCUGUUCCUUGAGAAAUAUGGAUAUCAUCUUCAUGUUCAAAAGUUCGGUUACCAGAAAUUGACAUCGUUGCUACAGAUAAUGCCUGGGGUGAAAAUUGAGUCCACUUAUAUCAUUCCUGCCAAUAAAGCUACCAAGUGUUCCAUUCAGGACAGUGAUGUCCCUAAUAUCCAAGAAAGUAAUGUUAGUGAUACAUCAAAAGCUUUAGGUGGUGAAUUAUCUGAUGAAUCAGACUCUGGGUGGGAUAAACUGGGUCCUGUUGACAAUUCAAGUUCUAGAAGGAAGGAACAGGAAGAACAAUGCUUAGGGUCUCCUCACUAUGAGCCUUCCCUCUCAGAAGAUGACUUUUCAGAUCCAGAAGGAGAGUCCUGGACUGCAACUCAACAAGAAGGGCAAGCAAAAUAUAGAGUGAACACCGAGGAUAGCUCUUUACUCCAGAUUCUUGAUUUAUGGUACAGCAGCAGCGAUGGUGUCAAUGAGAAGGACAAAUCAGAAAAUGUGCAGGACAUGGUUAACUGUGAUUUACAACUGUCUGAUCUAUCUGGACUAGAUACUGAAAUUGGAACUUCUUUAGGAAACUCUGGCUCAAAGCAAAGACCUCAAAAGUGCUAUUCUUUUGUUGCAGCUCCCGAUGGUGAUGACCAUGGUGAUAAUGCCUCUGAUGCAAAUAAAACAAACCAGCUCAUUGAUGGUGAUGACCAUGGUGAUAAUGCCUCUGAUGCAAAUAAAACAAACCAGCUCAUUGACGGCAUACUAGGCAGCUUGAAGAAAUCGAGCGAGACUGGAGUGCAGAGCUGAUGGGUAUGAAGGAGUGAAAACAAGGAAACUGUGCCUCCUGAUCCUGGGAAUUAUGCCUUAGGGACAGGUGAGAUUCAAUUUUUUUUUUUCUUUUUUUGAAGUGAAGAAAAAUGUAAUCAUACAUUGAUGUCAUUGCAGCUUUUUAGUUAAUUCUGGUUCUUAGAAAGGUGCUGAUUUUCUAAGGUUGGAGGCUGUUUGAUAUUUGGUGCUAGCAGAGACGGUUGAUUUAUUAUUGGCCUUGAAUUAAGGUUAGUAGUUAUUAUUACAGGUGGGAUGAAAUUCUUACAAAGCUUGAUUUUUCUACGUUAACUUCACUUGCACAUUAUAACACCUAUAAAGUUGUAAGGAAGAGAGAAAUUUACAAGAUAUAUUAAUCAAUUAUUAUUGUCA